GCAGACAUCGCUGGGUCGUGUCCAAACCGGAAAUGAAACUCCAGUCCCUUGUGUGUACUUCCUGGUCCGAUCAUAAUCCAGCCUGACUGACACACACACACACACACACACACACAAGAGCACACAAUACAGCCAUCCUCCUCGGUCCGACCCGCCGCUCGUCUUCCCGAUGUUAGCCGACAUCCGUGUUCGGCGUUUAAGCGACACACAAAGCCCGUCGGGAAUCAUCCAUUGACGUCCAUUUGUGGCAUCCAGCACCAAGCAGCCUUUUGUGGUUGUAUACCCGGGGGGGGGAGGACCGCGAAGUAAACAUCCCAGUUUGCUUCCAUGAGAGGCGGCGAGGAGGGCUCGCUAUCUCAUCACCAUCACCGUCAUCAACACUAUCAUCAUCGUAGUCGACGUUGAUCCGGGAUCCGGUGCCCAUGGCGUCUGCUUCGAAGGUGUCUAUUUUGGAUUACUUUAAUAUUGUCUUUGAGGGCGAAAAUGGCAAAAUCGAGUCCAACUGCAAAGCGUGUGGGACCAGAAUCCAAGCGAAGCGCAGCGUCACCUCCAACUUCGUAACACAUCUCAAGCGCAAGCAUCAAGCCAUGUAUGAUGACUUUGUGAAAAGGAAAGACAUGAAAAGAGAAGGUUACUCCUCGGGUUCCAUGAACACUCUGACAACCAAUGGAGGGAACGCCCGCUACACCCACACCAUGGGUGCGGGGAUGGCAGGAAGAGGUGCAACCGGAGGGAUGGCAGCCGUGGAUGGAGGAGCAGCAGCAGUAGUAGGAGUAGUAGGAGUCGCAGGAGGAGGAGGAGUGAGCAGGUUCGACAAGCAUGACCCACGUCAGGUUUUGAUCAGCGAGGCCAUCACCAAGAUGAUCGUGAAUGAUCUGCAGCCAGUUUCCAUGGUGGAAAAUCCUGGCUUCCGAGCCCUGAUUCGGCUCCUGGAGCCCCGCUACAGCCCAGAUUCCCAACACUACAUCCAGAGCCAUCUCCUCCCGACCUACACCUACCAGGCCCAGGUGACCAUCCGUCAAGCUCUGGCCUCGGCGCAUGCCCUCAGUCUCAGCUUGGAUGUUUGGAGGAUCUCAUCUGGAGCUACGCUAGGCUACCUCGCCGUCACCUGCCACUUCCUGUCGUCGGAGUGGCAGAUGCGGUCGGCUCUCCUGGCGUGCCUUCCUUUCGCCGGGGAUCGCGUUCUCUCCGAUUUCGACGAAGUGUGUCACUCUCACGGAGUAUCUGGACGAGCCUUUCGUGUGGUCGCAGAUCCUCUCCAGGGCACCGCCGCCAUGAAGCCAUGUUGUCUUCCCGGCUUCUGUCAGGACGGCGAUGAAGAAGAUGAUCCAGAAAAUGGAAAGGGAGACAUCCGGAACGGCCAUGCUGCUGGAGAAGAAGCGACGUGGGAGGACUCAUGGGAGCAGGGUCUCGGUCUUUGUCGUGUGGACUGCUUCUCUCAUUCCCUGGGACGCUGCGUCAGGGAAGGCUUGCAGGCUUCUCCGCAGCUUCAUUCUGCGCUGGCGAGAGCUUGCCGCUUCUACAACUUCAUCACCACUGUUGUUCCACCAGAGAAACUCAGCCAGGUGUUUGAUGGUUCUGGGAUGAUGUUAGGAGGACAAGGACGAGCUUCUCCACCGGUACAUGACUGGGCUGCUCAACUUAAGGCGCUGCGACGGCUGCUGGAGUCCAUGGAGAUCUUAGAGGAGAUGAGCGGUCCAGGGGAAACGGUGCUGGGUGUUUCAGAACGAGCCCUGCUGAGGGAGCUCACUGACACUUUGGAGCCCUUCAUGGAAGCGUGGGACAUGGUGUGUGGGGAGCGACCUGCAGACGUAAACGCAGAUAGACACGUCUCCAUCAGUCUGGCUCUUCCAUGUGUCUUGGGCUUACGUAAACAUCUCUCCGAGACAUCAACUCCACAUUGCCCGUCUCUCCUAGCGAGCCUCAGCCAAGCCGCAGAACGUCACUUGGCUCCUAUCCUGGAGAACCCACUCUACAUCACCGCCACCACUCUGGACCCCCAGUUCAAGCUCACAUGGAGCAGCAACCCGGAUUGGCACCGACAAGUUCUUCUCGAGGAAUUAUCAAAACAUUCCGCGGACUCCAACACGGAUCGAUAUCCUCAUUCCCGCGUAUCUCCAGCACCGACGCCGUCGUCCGUGUCGUCUCUGACGCGGCCCUGCAAGCUCUUCUCCUUCAUCAAGCAGAGACCCGUGAGUCAGGCCAAGAGUUUGGAGCAAGAGCUGGGCGUCUACCUGCGCGAGGAACCCACAGACGAAGACGCUCUGCAUUACUGGAGGCGGAAAAGCAUUGACUUCCCAAUCCUCUCCCAGGUGGCCAAGAGGGCGUUUACCGUACCUGCUUGCGGCACCGCCGUGGAAAGCAUCUUCCACCACGCCGACCACUGCCUGCGGCCCGAGAGAGCAUGUGUCCUACCAAAGAACCUGGAGACGCUCGUAUACCUCAAAGCCAACUACAGAUUACUUUGGACAUAGUAUUUUUUUUUUUUCCAUGAAGCUUCUCGCUACGAUGAAGAACACGACCAAUUGUGGUUGGAUCCAUCUUCAAAGAUGAGGCCUCGUUUAUAUUUUUGAGGCAUUCUGUUGCAAUGUUUUGGUUUAUGAACGCCAUCUUCAUCCCUAAACCAAUCAUAACAUUGACAGGAAUUUAUUUGAUAUUUUUAUUGUUUUUUUUAAACGCCUUUAGCAUAUGGAACAACAUCUCCAAUUGUAUUUAAUUGACGUGUACUUUCUAUUCUACAGUGUACUACAUCAUUAUACAAAUACUUGGAGUGGAGUGGAGCAUUAGCCGAAGAAGAAGUAAUUGACAUUCGGAGAUACAGAACACGGUGUGUCAGUAAGUAAUGCCCCGUGAAACACUCUCAUUCAUUCAAUCGGUUUAGUUACCCCCAUGUCGAAUUUGGUACAUUCCUGUACUGCAUUGUUGCGGUGAGGCCUGCUCGGAUUAGACGCUAAAUGUAUUUGGAAACCAACCUGAAUGAUCAAUUUGCAAUUAAUUAAAUGCCCUGAGAAGUCAGUCAAUAAUGCUUCUAUUCUACUAAUAAAGUACUGGAAUGUAGUAUCUUUUAAAGUUGUACUAUUUGGUACUUAUUCCGCUUCUUUUGUUUUCUUUGUGCGCGCUGGAUACAUUACAAAAAUACUGUUUCUGACUAGGCGGCACGGUGGUCGAGUGGUUAGCGCGCAGACCUCACGGCUAGGAGACAAGGGUUCGAUUCCACCCUCGGCCAUCUCUGUGUGGAGUUUGUGUGUUUUUUUUUCCGGGUACUCCGGUUUCCUCCCACAUUCCACAAAAAACAUGCUAGGUUAAUUAGCGACUCCAAAUUAUCCAUAGGUAUGAAUGUGAGUGUGAAUGGUUGUUUGUCUAUAUGUGCCAUGUGAUUGGACCACGCCUCUCGCCUGAAUAAGACAGCUGGGAUAGGCUCCAGCACCUACUGCUUUUUGUGAGGAAAAGCAGUAGAAAAUGAAUGAAUGAAUGAGUUCUCCUAUUUUGUGUGGAAGUGGUAACUUUUUGGCUACUUAUUUUGUCUUUCCCCACCCUCGGCCAUCUCUGUGUGGAGUUUUUGUGUUUUUUUUUCCGGGUACUCCGGUUUCCUCCCACAUUCCAAAAACAUGCUAGGUUAAUUAGCGACUCCAAAUUGUCCAUAGGUAUGAAUGUGAGUGUGAAUGGUUGUUUGUCUAUAUGUGCCCUGUGAUUGGCUGGCCACCAGUCCAGGUUGUACCCCGCCUCUCGCCCGAAAAAAACAGCUGGGAUAGGCUCCAGCACCCCCCGCGACCCUUGUGAGGAAAAGCAGUAGAAAAUGAAUGAAUGAAUGCGUUCUCCUAUUUUGUGUGGAAGUGGUAACUUUUUGGCUACUUAUUUUGUCUUUCCCCACCCUCGGACAUUUCUGUGUGGAGUUUGUGUGUUUUUUUUUUCCGGGUACUCCGAUUUCCUCCCACCUUCCAAAAACAUGCUAGGUUAAUUAGCCACUCCAAAUUGUCCAUAGGUAUGAAUGUGAGUGUGAAUGGUUGUUUGUCUAUAUGUGCCUUGAGAUUGACUGGCCACCAGUCCGGGGUGUACCCCGCCUCUGGCCCGAAUAAGACAGCUGGGAUAGGCUCCAGCACCUAGUAGAAAAUGAAUGAAUGAAUGAAUGAGUUCUCCUCCUAUUUUGUGUGGAAGUGGUAACUUUUUGGCUACUUAUUUUGCCCCACCCUCUGUGUGGAGUUUGCAUGUUCUCCCCGUGCAUGUGUGGUUUUUCUCCGGGUACCCAAGACAGCUGGGAUAGCCUCCAUUUUUUUUUUUUACUGAAUAAGACACUUAUUGUGAGGAACUCAGCCAUCCGUGAGGUGCUCAGAGUAGAACCGCUUCUCCUUCACAUCGAGAGGAGUCAAUUGAGGUGGCUCGGGCCUCCCUGGGGAGGCGUUCCGGGCAUGCCCAGCUGGGGAAAAAAGCACCCCCCGGGGGCAGACCUAGGACACAAAUGGAGGGAAUUAUGUCUCACAGCUGGCUUGGGAACGCCUUUGGUGUCUUCCUGGUGUGAAGAUGGAGGAGGUGGCUGGGGACCGGGGACGCUACUGAGACUGCCGGACCCGGAUAAGCGGAGGUAAAUGUCAAAUCAUGAUGCCGGCUGGUAUGUUAAAAGUCGGAAUACUUAAAAGCAAUUGGCAGGCCGGAUUGAAACGCUUGGUGGGCCGCGUGUGGCCCCCGGGAUGUAAUUUUCCCACCCGUGGUGUAGAAUGACAAGUUCCAUUAGCAUUGAUUCUGUUAGUGGGAUUACAUAUCGCUAAUUCCGCCUGUUUUUUUGUCGAAAACUACAUAAAAUAUCCCUUUUGGAGCUUUUAGAUAUGACGCUACUUCAUAUCUCAUAUUCCCGAUGCUUUGUUUGUGUGCUGUUUAAUCACACGAGUGUAUUGUUGAUUAUUUGUGCAGCUUCAAGAGUCUCGGUAUCGCUCUCUCUCUUUCUCUCUCUCCACCCACCAGACCGUGACAGCUCAUCCAUUUGACUUAGACCAUC